CAGUCUCCUCACAAGUGACUGAAAGCUCAGGGGCCGGGGCGAUUAAAAAGCGGUGGCAUCAAGCGCGCACCGCACAGGGACCGAUCAGCUGCACACUGCCGAAAAUUUUCAUCGGUCUAGAUCUCAUUAAUACAGAUUUUUAUUUCCCCCACACACUGAAAUCCAGGCUGUGUAGAUGACUGCAAAGCGCCAUCCCGUCUGAGGACUCGAUCCCAUCCAAGUGUUUAUUUAUGGAUUGAAAGCAGGCACGGCUUUGGCAAAACUGUGAGCACCGCUUGUCUUCCCUCCACUCCGCAGCCCUGCCAGCCACCAUGUCGGGGAAAUCGGACGGAAAAAAGAAGUGGGCGGCCGUCAGGGAUCGCCUGGGCUCCUCGCAGGACUCCGACACGCAGCAGGAGGCCAACCUGGAGAGCGCCGACCCGGAGCUGUGCAUCCGGCUGCUGCAAGUCCCCACCGUUGUCAACUACUCGGGGCUGAAGCGCCGCUUGGAGGGCAGCGACCAGAUAUGGAUGGUGCAGUUUUUGGAGCUGAGCGGGCUGGAUCUCCUCCUGGAGGCCCUGGACCGGCUCUCCGGGCGGGGAUGCUCUCGCAUCGCGGACGCCCUCCUGCAGCUCACCUGCGUCAACUGCGUCCGCGCGGUCAUGAACUCAUCGGCUGGGAUCCACUUCAUCAUAGAGAACGAGGGAUACAUUCGGAAGCUCUCCCAAGCCCUGGACACCUCCAACACCAUGGUGAAGAAGCAGGUGUUUGAACUCCUCGCAGCGCUCAGCAUGUUCUCUUCAGACGGCCACCGGCUGGCACUCGACGCCCUGGACCACUACAAGGGCGUGAAGACCCAGCAGUACCGCUUCAGCAUGAUCAUGAACGAGCUGCAGGCCGCCGACAACGUCCCCUACAUGGUCACGCUCCUCAGCGUCAUCAACGCGCUCAUCUUCGGUUCCGACGACCUCAGGCAGAGAGACAAGAUGAGGAAGGAGUUUGUCGGCCUCCAGUUACUUGAUAUCCUGCCAGCGUUGAGAGAGAAGGAAGAUGAAGACUUGAUUAUUCAGUGUGAAGCUUUUGAGGAGGCAAUGGCCGAAGAUGAGGAAGAGCUGCUGCGGGUGUACGGGGGCAUCGAUAUGAGUAAUCACCUGGAGGUCUUCACCACACUCUUCAACAAGGUCAGCAGCUCUCCGGCCUCCCUCCAGCUGCUGUCCAUCCUGCAGACGUUGCUGGUGCUCGGGCCCGCGCGACCGGAUAUCUGGCUGGCUCUGGAAGCCAUCACCAACAGAGCCAUACUGCUAGCCCAGGACUCUCAGAUGGAGUCCUGUGAGAAGAUCAUGCAGCGGCUGAUGGUCUUCAAAAGGAAAAGCUGCACGGGUCACCAUGAAGUGGACGGCCUGAUAGUCAAAAUGGAUAAGGCCGUGCAGACGGAUCUGGAUCACCCGGACAAAGGCGCGGCAGAUAAAAGCUUGGCGUCCUCUCAGAAGCCGCUGUGUGCCUCUCCGCCCCCGCCUCCGCCACCACCUCCUCCCUUACCCCCUAGCACAGCCGGCCUUUCUAACCACUGCCCACCACCGCCUGCUCCACCUCCUCCACCUCCUCCUCCGCCUCUACCUGGAGGAUUCGGAGGCCCUCCCCCGCCUCCUCCCUUGCCUGGAAUGUCACCACCCCCACCACCACCACUCCCGGGCAUGGCUCCGCCUCCUCCACCCUUACCUGGCAUGCCACCCCCACCACCAGCUCCGCCAGGAAUGAUAAUGGCUCAGAGCGCCCAAUUACUUGGGUGUGUCACACCUGCAAAGGCAAAUCGGUGCCCCACUCUGCGGAUGAAAAAGCUCAACUGGCAGAAACUCCGCGCCGUUACAGAUGGUCCCUCCAUGUGGGCCUCGGUUCAGAAAGAGCCGCCUCCUCGGGAGCCGAACUACAGCAGUAUCGAGCAGCUGUUCUGUCUCCCGGAGAUCGUGCCCAAAGACAAAGGGGCAGCUGCUCCUGUCAAGAAGGAGCCUAAAGAGAUUACCUUCGUCGAUCCAAAGAAAAACUUGAAUUUGAACAUAUUUCUUAAGCAGUUCAAAUGCACGAAUGAGGAAUUUGUAGCCAUGAUCCAGAGCGGAGACCGGACCAGAUUUGACGUAGAGGUGCUUAAACAGCUUCUGAAGCUGCUGCCGGAGAAGCACGAGAUUGAAAAUCUGAAGUCCUUCCAAGGAGAGAAAGACAAGCUGGCCAAUGUCGACCGCUUCUACACCUCCCUCCUCACUGUGCCGUGCUACCAGCUGAGAAUCGAGUGCAUGCUGUUGUGUGAGGAGACCGCGUCGGUUUUGGAGAUGCUCAGGCCCAAAGUCAAGCUGGUGGAGGAGGCCUGCCAGUCCCUCAGGACCAGUACGCUUGUGCCCAGCUUCUGCAGGCUCAUCCUCGACGUGGGGAAUUUUCUCAACUACGGAAGUCACACGGGGAACGCCGAGGGGUUCAAGAUCAGCUCCCUGCUCAAGCUCACGGAGACCAAGGCCAACAAGAGCCGCAUUACGCUGCUACAUCACAUCCUGGAGGAGGCAGAGGCGCACCACCCGGAGCUGCUGGCGCUGCCGGACGACAUAGAGAAAUGUGAAAAAGCAGCGGGCGUCAAUCUGGACUCGGUUCAAUCAGAAGCCAGCAAGUUGCUGAAACGACUGAACGAGACGGCCAAGAAAGUUUCCAACUCUGUAGACGAGGUGAAGGAACAAUAUGUAAAGGUCCUCGAGGAAAAUCGGGCGGCAUGUCAGGCUUUGAAUGAAAGAUUCUCCAAGAUUGAGACGAAGAGAAGUGAACUGGCUGUCUACUUAUGUGAGGAUGCUAAUCAGCUGUCGCUCGAGGAACUCUUUGGAACCAUCAAGACUUUCCGACAACUUUUCAUAAAGGCGCUCAAGGAAAACAAAACGCGGAGAGAGCAAGCAGCCAAGGCUGAGAAGAGAAAGAAGCAGCUGGCGGAGGAAGAGUCCAAGAGGCAGAAAGGAGAGAAUGGAAAGAUAAUCAAGAAAGGCUUUGUGCCGCAGGAUGACGGCUGCAUCAUCGACCACCUCCUGGCGGAUAUCAGGAAAGGUUUCAGCCUGAGAAAGACCCGGCCAAGGUGCGAUUCGGAAAGCCUCCCUUCUAGUGAAAAGCGUAGGGAUACCUGCCCACCCGGGUCAAGUGUGACGCCUGCAGGCGAAGGAGCCGCCGCAGCAACCACCACUUCCGCUCCCACCAAACCUCAGGGUCACCAGCGCAGCGCAGGCGGAGUGAACGGCCUCAGCAGCCCCCCAGGAGAGGCUCCGCCAGCAGCUCGGCCGGAUGCAGCACAAGACGGAGCAGUUGCUCCUCCCAGCACACCCCCGGGAGAGCCGGACGCGACGGCAAAGGCGCCCCCGCAGAGACCCACCUCGCUGCUGGACGAGCAACGCCCGCAGAAACCAGCAGCGCCUACGCUAGACACGACACAACCUCCGCCUCCGGUUGAAGGGGAGCGUGAGCCGGGCCUCCCCACCAAUGGCUUCUCUUUAGAUUCAACGGAGAACAGCGUCUUCAGCCCAUCUUCCCUCUCCGAUUCUGACCUGCUGGAGGCGGUGUUGGACGACACGUCCGGCCUGGGGGCGGAGACGCCGGCAGACAUUAGCGUAGAUGUGCACAUCAAGGAGAGUCCUUCACCUCAAACGGACACUAAUGCGCGUAGUGAAAGCAAUACAGCGGGAGACGGGAAAGGUGACACUAGCAAUAAAAUAAGCCAUUUACGAGAGAAGGGCAAAGAAGAGAAGGAGUGCAUUGUUGCAAAAUCGUCCGGCCAAGAUGAGGUCGUAGGUUGCAGAGAUUCAGGGCCUAAGAGCAGUGUGACCGCAGCCAGCGAGGACAUCGAGGGAUAUGAUGUACCAGACGGACUGCAACCAGAAGAUCCGGCGUCGGCGUGCGAAGCAGUGCCCCUCUCCCCAAAGUCCGAACCAAAGAAACAGCAGCGGCUCUUUAAACGAAACAAAAAGAAGAGUAACCAAGGUAAUCUAUCCAUUAACCUCAAUAAAGAUCAUGUUUGGAAUGCUAGUCUCGUCACGUGUCUUAAAGGAAAAUCCUUACAUGCUUUGAUUUUAAUGCAUUUAACAUUUUAUAUUUUAUAUACGGGCUAUUUUAGUAUGUGUUCAUGAGUAUAUUUUUUAUUACAUGCAUUUGAUUAAAGGCUAUGAAUGCAGUGUGCAGCACUUGAUUUGCAGAUCUGACGGUCAGUUUGUUUGAAUGCUCUGUUUUCCGUUCUGAAACACAAGGUAACAGUGGGAAAGGACACACUAAACAUAAAAAAGGCUGUGUGUUGCAGUGAGGUAGGUCAAAUCGAUGGGAUGGGAUGGCAAACUGUAAGCAAGGAAUAUCCUCCUAUUGAACUCAAUCAUCGUCAGAGCCUUGUCUCAAAUAACACAUCAUCUGUUGGUCUAACUGGGAUCUGGAUUCCAUUUGUCUGUGUCGUCCAACUUUUUUUUUGUUUGUUUUUUAACACCAGCUCUCUCUUUAACGCUCUUCAAAUUAAGUGGUUGUGAGGCAAUCAUUGACUCUAAUGUCCGUCAAACUUGUGGGAAAACGCAAUCUAAACGCACACUUCAUUUACAGUGAUUAAUCCUCUGUGAAUUAAUCUGACAAUCACGUUUUCCGACCUCAAACAGCUGUGCCGAUUGUGGAGUCACUGUGAAGUUCAUUGUGGACUGAGCUAUUUCAUGACUUUUGUGUGUUCUCCUUCCAUAUUUUCUUGUCCAUUCUCUGAAUCAGCAACUGGGACUGUUACAUUUUUAAUCCACUAACACGGUCCCUUGUGCGUCCUGUGAACCGUUCUUUCUUAACAUUUUGGCUUUUAUGAAAGCGUUGAAUGUAAAUGCAUUAAAAUGUUUUACCCCUAAAAAUCUAUAAAUAUAUAUAUAUAAAUAUAAAUAGAGAUUUUAAAGCUGAUACUGAUGUUUGCAAGCGAAACAAGUGAGUAUGUUUCUCCGCCGAGUGUCUUUUAUCCAGCUGUAAAUUUAAUAACUUUAAAAUGCAUUAAAGUAUUUUUAUUUAGACAUUUUGAUUCUCUGUAUUCAUUUGAGUAUUUGUUUCCCUAGGUGACGCCAGAAAAAGAAACGUGAGAGGAAAAAGAAAAUGUUGAAUUUGUUACAUGGGACUUGUGAACGACUGUUUUAUUUUGUGAGGCCGCAUGAAAAUGUGGGAGUCUUCCUUCUCCAAAGUUUGGCCCGACCAGGAAGAGCAAACGCGCCCGAGGCUGGGAUCUUCACGCAUGGAUGUUAACUUGUCACUUUAUUUAAAAUAUAAUUUUUUUUGUUGUAUAUGAUCGCAGAACUACAUUCCCCCUAAAAACAAGUUUAAUGUGCUUUGUAUGUUUGUAUAAUUGUUGUAAUAUGGAGUGAAUAUGUUUUGUUAUGGGCUCUGUUACAGAUGAGAUAUUUAACUCAUCAAAACAUCUUGGAUAUUAUGUCUUAAUUUGUUUAUAUAUUAUUCACAUACUUUGAGAUAUAAGGAGAGUGUGAUGGAUUUGAAAUUUUAAUGUUAGAUAUAUUUUAAUAAAAUUGGAUUUACUGUUGA